AUGUCAACUCUAAUUAGUUAUCAAAAGGCCUACCUUACAAAGGGAACGUCGUUUCCCGGGAACCUUGCAACCUUCCGGUUCCCGGGAAACGGCCGCAUCGGCCCGCUUCGUCACCGUCGGUUCCCGCAACCAAGCCUUUUUCUUAUUCUUUCUUUCAGAAGGGCUUGCGCUAUCGAGAGAGUACCAAAUGCUGACGGUGACGAAGGUUACCGACUUUCGGUGGACGCGGAGCCAACGAGUUCAGUCGAAGAGCGUAACGAGUCUAAGGUUACAGAAGCGUUCGCCAACUUUGAUAGGUAUAGCAUUGCGAGCAAAUAG